AGCGGGCGCCUAAAUAAGUACGUCACAGCAAAUUAGGUAACAUGCCCGUUCCUGUCGCUUUGUGCCGUAACGUCCUUAUUUCAACCACGAAGGGUGCAGACGCUCAGAAAAGGCAAAAGAAAAUAUAUGUCGCUGUGAAGCCGCUCCCCGUCUCCCGCGAGCCGACGCACGUGAGCUUGUAAACAAACGCGGACAUGGAGGCCCGCUUCUUCCCGCUGGCGCUGCUCGCCGGCGCGCUGUGUUCGUGUCGGGGCUACACCCUGAGGACCUCGGUGUCCUGGGUCGUCUCCUCCAACGACGCGGCGGAGGACGCCGACCUGUCCGAGGAGGCUGCCCCGGCGCUGCUGGUGGACAACGCCGGCGGGCUGUGGAAGCAGGCGCAUCCGUCCUCCGACGUCCCCGGGGACGGCGCCGUGAGCCCCGCGGGGCGGGCGGAGCCGGAGGACGGCAGCGUGGCGCAGCUUUCGUCGCGCUUGUUCUCGUAUCGGCUGGAAAAGGCCGAGAAGUCCGGCCCUCCCCCGCACCAGGAGACCGCCAGGACGGCCAGAUACAUCGCCCACAGCAGCGACUGGGGCCACCUGGCCACCAUCUCCACCCAAGACAAGAUCAAAGGUCUCCCUUUUGGCAAUAUCUUCUCAGUCAGUGAUGGGCCGCAGGAUAACGGCACAGGAGUCAUCUAUUUCUAUGUGACUCCGAUGGACUACACUGUGUCUGACCUGAAAAGUAACCCCUAUGCUUCACUCACCUUCUCUGAGGCUGAAGGUGAAUUCUGCAGGCAAAUGGUGUACGACCCGGAAGAUCCAAGAUGUGCUCGACUCACACUAACGGGCAAGAUGGUGGAGGUGGCAUCGGAGGAGCUUGGGUUUGCAAAACAGGCCAUGUUCUCAAGACAUCCUGUGAUGGCAAAGUGGCCAGUGGGGCACAAGUGGUUCUUCAUGAAGAUGGAGUUGAUCCAGGUUUGGCUGCAGGACUGGAUCGGUGGAGUAUCGCUCAUUCCGCUGGAGGACUACUUCAAAGCAACGCCUUUCUGAGAACACCUCUCCCUCUGCAACGCGCCAGCCAGCACACAUCUCUUCAGCUGUCUACACCACAGACUCUGAUGGAAAAGAAUUAGCCAAAACAGCCUUUUGCAAUUGCAAAUUAUUUGCAUACUGUUGCUAUUUUAAAAAAAGGUGUACAUUCUUCACGGUUGUAUAUUCUUCACGGGUAGAUCUGUUUAGUAGCUGUCAUGGAGCUUUCAAACAAUAAAUGUACCUUAAAGUGAGAUUAUUCAGUUAUUUUGAAAAUCACUGAUUAACUUUGUACCCUGAUAAGCGACAUACUUUGACAUUAUUAUUAGUAAUAAUAUUAUGUUUGCCUGCUGAUAGUGUUGUCUCAGUCAUAAAAUGGUUUUCAGCGUUUUCUUCCGUAGGAAAAAACAAUCUAAUCUAUAAGGAUGUAUUAUUCGACCGUGUCAAUGAGUAAGUUUGAUAAAGUUUUUUGUUUUACCAACUCA